AUGGGUCCUGCGAAGAGAUAUGCAUCAGAUGUUGUGGAUGGGGUGGAAUCGGCAGUUAGCAAGAAGGCUUUAAUUGGCCCUAAAUUUGAUGCAAGAGGACAGGAAGAGGGUUCAAUGCGUCAUUAUCCGGGUGAUGUAGAUGGAGGCACAAAUGACAGUGAUAUGGAAAGGGAAGAGGAUUCAGGAGUGGAUGAUACAGAUACGGAUAGCGAUGAUGCUAUUGCUAGAGGAGACAACAAGGGUCAGAAGCCACAGUACGAGAAAUCUAGAGUGAGUGCUCAAGAUAUUCAGCUUGCUACAGAGGCGGCAGAGUUGUUUAAAUCCAACAUUUUCAAGUUGCAGAUCGAUGAACUUCUGCAGCAGGUGAAGUUGCAGGAUUUGCAUGUAUUAACGGUUGAGAAGUUUUUACACAAGUUGUAUGAUAUUAUUCAAGAGAUUCCUGAGUGGGGGGAGAAAUCGUUUGACGAGGUGGAGUUGUUUUUCAAAGGUAAGGUGGUUAGUGUUCCAUUUUGCGAUCCUAAGCCUUCUAGUUCUACACAGUAUAAGUUUAGCUACAGGACUCCAGAUGUGUCUUUAAUUGGAUCCUUCGCAUUGAAAUCAGCGAUAUAUCAACCGCAGGGGUCUUCAAUUGAUGUUCUGUUGACAAUGCCUGAGGAGUUGUUUGAAAAGAAGGACUUUUUGAAUUUCAGAUGUCUACACAAGAGAAGCGUUUACUUAGCAUACUUUACUCAUCAUUUAUCUAUCCUUUUAAGAAAAAAUGGUUUAGACUUUUUGCAUUUGGAAUACACAUACUUCAACAAUGAUCCGUUGCAACCAAUUUUGACUAUAUCAUGUGGGGAACAGUCCGCUUCAGAGUUCAACUUUUAUAAGACCAGAUUUUCAAUUAAUGUAGUGGUUGGAAUACCCUAUGGCGUUUUUGACUCAAAGAAACUACUGCCAAACAAGAACUGCAUCAGAGUUGAUAAAGAUAAUAAUACCACACCAACUCCGUUCUACAAUUUUUCAGUUUUAUCGUGUAGUACACAUGAUCACUAUUUGAAAUACUUAUACAGGGAGAAAAAACAAUCUGAGGCGUUCACCGAAGCAUGUGUAUUGGGUAGACUCUGGCUUUCUCAAAGAGGGUUUGAUUCGAGCAUGUCCUAUUCCAAUUCUUUAGGGGGAUUUGGUCAUUUCGAGUUUGCUGCUCUGAUGGCGGCUUUACUUAACGGUGGUGGCGUAAAUGGAAACAAGAUAUUAUUGCAUGGGUUUUCUUCUUAUCAAUUAUUUAGGGGAACUAUUAAGUAUCUCGCAACUAUGGACCUCUGUUCACAAGGACAUCUGCAGUUCCACUCCGAUUUGGAUAGUUCAGUUAAUCCCCCAUCUAAAUAUAUGGCUGAAGGUUUUGAGGUUCCAACGAUCUUUGAUAAAACAACAAAAGUUAAUAUUCUAAGCAAAAUAUCGGUAAAUGGUUAUAGCAUGUUGAAACUGUAUUCUCAAGAAACCUUGUUAAUGCUGAGUGAUGUUGUAAAAGAUCAAUUUUCCAAUAUUUUCCUCACAAAACUGGAUAAGGUUCAGCAAGUCAACUAUGAUUUAUGUUAUGAUUUAGAAUUACCGACAGGAAGGGAGCUCCUGUCCAAGUUUGGUUUCCUGGAGAAGGUGAGGUUCACCUCUUUUGAAGCGUUUUGGAUAAACAAGAUUGCAAACGUCAUAAAGAUUGCAUUAGCCGAUAGAAUUAAGGCAGUAUCAAUUGAUUUGGUGGGGCAGAGAAAAGUAUUCCCGCUUUCUAAAAGAAAACCAGCAGGUGCCAUAAACUUUACCUCGAUCAAGAUCAAGAUGUUGGUUAACCCAAUGGAGUCUGAAAAAUUGGUUACCAAGGGACCUAGCAACAGCGAUGAAUUUGCUGCAGAAGCCGCUCAAUUUAAAAAUUUCUGGGGCAAAAAAGCUUCAUUGCGUAGGUUUAAGGAUGGUUCCAUCAUGCACUGUUGUCUUUGGUCCAUGUCAUCUAGUGAGCCUGUGAUUACUUCUAUACUAGACUAUGUGAUGAAGCAACAUUUAUCCGAAGAUGCAGUUUUAAGCGCUCAGCAUACUAGAAAAUUUCAUAAUUUACUUCCUUUACCAAACCUACCAGGUAGUUCAAAGACAUCGUUAUUAAACCUAACAAGUUUCCAAAACUUAAAGAAAUCUUUUGACAAUCUUUACAGAAUAAUUUUCCAAUUAAAACUCCCCCUUUCAAUAAAAUCGAUUCUACCUGUUGGUUCUGCGUUUAGAUACACUAGUAUGUCUCAGCCAGUUCCAUAUGCAUAUUCAAACCCCGAUUUUUUGCAAGAUGUGAUUUUGGAGUUUGAGACAUCACCCAAGUGGCCUGAUGAAAUAUUAUCCUUGGAAAAAGCUAAAGCUGCCUUUUUGUUAAAAAUACAGGAUCAAGUCAUGACCAAUCAUGGGGAUCAAUAUAACUGUUACUUUUCUAAUGAUGAUUCUAUUCCAUACAACUUGGAUAUUGUAACCCUCAAUAUUUUGACUCCAGAGGGAUAUGGUUUCAAAUUCAGAGUCCUAACGGAGCGUGAUGAAGUGAUGUAUUUGAGAGCCAUAAGUAACGCGAGAAACGAAUUAAAGCCAGAAUUAGAAAGGACCUUUUUGAAGUUCACAGCCAAAUACCAAGCUUCAAUCAGACACAGUAGAACAAUGGAAUUAAUCUCCCACAGUUUCCCGUUUUUGUCUCCUGUUAUCCGUUUGUUUAAAAAAUGGUUAGAUGUUCACUUAUUGAUGGGUCAUUUUUCGGAGGAACUAGUAGAGUUAAUUGCAGUUAAGCCAUUCGUUGAUCCGUAUCCUUAUUUUGUGCCGGGAUCAUUGGAAAAUGGCUUUUUAAAAGUAUUAAAAUUUUUAAGUGAGUGGAACUGGAAGGAAGAACCGUUGAUUCUGGAUCUAGUAAGACCUGAAGACUUCGAGGAUCUAACCGAAACAAGUCUUGGAGCAACUGAUCUAGAUUCAAGAACCAUGAAGAAGCUUUCUGAAAGAUUGAAUUUGCAACAAUAUAAAAGCAUUCAAAGUAACUUUAAUAGUCUGAGGCAUGAAGAUCCUCAAGGCUUGAACGUACAAUUUUUCAUUGCAUCAAAAAAUGAUCCAAGUGGCAUUCUUUACUCUCGGUUUGUUCCGUUGCCUAUCGCAACAAGACUUACUGCUCUUGCUAAAGUCGCAAUAAACCUUGUCCAACUACAUGGCCUAAACAAACAAACAAUUGACUUGCUCUUUACUCCAGCCUUGAAAGAUUACGACUUUGUAGUCAAGCUAAAGAGCCCCACCUCCUUAAGGUUGUCCAGCGGUAUCCUGUCUUCCACCGGAUUCAAGAAUCUAGAAAACCAGCCAACCAAAUUCCCCGAAGAUUUGAACGAGCUAAGCGAAAAGAUGGACCCCACAUGCCAACUUGUCAAAUAUUUGAACAUGAAAUAUAAAAACAGCAUCAUUUUCUCUAGCCAUGUAAAUAUGGGUGCUAGUAGCCAAAAGGGUGAUGAAAAUGUCAUCACAGGUUUGAUAAGACCAGUGUUCAAAGCACCGUUGAAAUUCAAAGCGAAUAUGGAUUGUAAUGUCAAACCAAUUGAUAAAGAAACUGUUGAAUUAAACAAGGAUGCAAUAUUUCAUGAAAUUGCUGCCUUUGGCAAAGAACUAGUAGUCCAAUUUGAAACCAACUGA